CCGCGGUUCUACCUUUCAGUUUCGCCUUAAAACUAUAUCCACCUGUUCUGACAUAUAGAUACCGUCGAUUCAGGUAUCACCGAAAAGUGUUGUUAAUCACAUUUUUUCGUGUUAUUGGUUUCCAGAUAGAAAGAAGAACCGACCUAUUAACCGCGUUAAAGCACGUUUUUCACAGCACACAACAAUGGCACUGAAAAGAAUUCAUAAGGAACUGAAUGAUUUGGCACGUGAUCCUCCUGCUCAGUGUUCAGCUGGUCCAGUAACAGAUGACAUGUUUCACUGGCAGGCCACAAUAAUGGGACCAAAUGAUAGUCCAUACCAGGGUGGUGUGUUUUUCUUGACCAUACACUUUCCCACAGACUAUCCUUUCAAACCGCCAAAGGUUGCAUUUACCACAAGAAUCUACCACCCAAAUAUCAACAGCAAUGGCAGCAUUUGUCUUGACAUUCUGCGGUCACAGUGGUCACCAGCACUCACCAUCUCCAAAGUUCUCCUGUCUAUCUGCUCACUGCUGUGUGAUCCCAACCCAGAUGACCCCUUAGUACCUGAGAUUGCUCGCAUAUACAAGACUGACAGGGAAAAGUACAACAGAAUAGCUCGGGAAUGGACACAAAAGUAUGCAAUGUAGUUAUGGAAUUGAAAUCAUGAUGGGGAGGGGGGGGACAAAAACACCUCUCCAUCUAAAGUUAAGACAGGUUUGAAAGUUUUAGGAGGAAAAAAAAAAGUUUAACAGAAAAACAGAUCUUGUUGGUUUCCAUUGGAGUGCUUUCUUUAAGCCACGCCUUCCCUCACAAGAGCACCUCCCCACACCCCGUUGCCCGGCAGCCAUGGUGUACAUACUGUCAGAAUUGCAACUGUAGCCCAACUUUCCCUCGACCUCUUCUCCAUGUCUCGCUUACAGUCUCCGUUGCUAUGGAGACCUGCCCGCGGCUUAGGAUCUGUCUCAAUUCGCAACUGAAAAUGUUUAUGGCUCUAAAAGCAUUCCUUAAUUUUGGAGAUCUGGGGCGGGAGGGCUACUUUUUUAAAGUCUGGAUAUUGAAGGAUGUAUUUUGUUUUAUUUUUACUAUUUUUUUUUUCAUUUGUUUCCUGGGC